AUGUCUUUCGAAUACAAGAAAGUGUUGGUCAUCGGUGCCACCUCCGGGAUUGGCCAGGCAUUGGCGGCGAAGCUCGUGGAGAAUGGCGUCUCAGUGAUCGUGUCUGGUCGGAGACAGGAGAACCUGAAUGAAUUCGUGCAGAAGUACGGAGGCGACGAGAAGAAGGUGCAGGCGAAGGUGUUCGACGCUUUGAAGCUGGACCAGAUCCCGCAAUUCGCCUCCGAAGUCAUCGCCAGUAACCCCGACCUUGACUGCAUCUUCAUCAACUCCGGCAUCCAGCGUGCCUUUGACUUCGCAGCCCCCGAGUCCGUCGAUAUGGAUAUCUUCGAGCAGGAAUUGACGACCAACUAUACCUCCGCUGUGCACCUGACCAAGGCGUUCCUGCCUCAUUUGCAGAGCCAAGCCUCGAAGACGGCGAUCGCUUUCACGAGUUCUCAGAUGGCGCUGGUGCCGAUGAUGCGGUGCCCGAAUUACGGGGCCUCCAAGGCAGCGUUGCAUCAUUUCAUCCUGGCACUGCGCACGCAGGUGCAGAGCGGACCGGGUGAUGUGAAGAUCGUGGAGAUUUUCCCGCCGGCCGUGCAGACGGAAUUGCAUGAUACCAAGCACCAGCCGGAUUUGAAGGACGGUCAUCUGAUCGGGAUGCCGCUGGAGGAUUUCACAGAUGAGACGUGGGGGAAGCUGUGCCAGGGCGAUGAUCAAAUCCCAGUCGGACCGGCGAGAGGCAUUUUCGAGGCAUUUGAGAUUAAAAGGCAGGAGAUGUAUCAUCAGAUGACGGAGCUGCUGUCGGGUUUGCUAAAGCAGUUCCUCCGAUAG